AUUUAGCUAGUCAUGAGCUACGUUGCUGCUAUAAACAACCUCUGUGUCCUAAAUUAAAUAACCACAGAGUACUUGGAAGAGUUCUGGACACUAGUGUUCUUUAGUGCAGGAGAAGCUUAAUGUCAACAGUAUGGGGCAUCAGGUGAUAAUAUUUGACUUUUCUCUCAUAAGAGGACUCUGGGAGGCUCGAGUCAAGAAGAACAGAGAACGUCAGAAAAAAGAGAAAGAAAGAUUAGAAAAAAGCUCAUUAGAGAAGAUAAAGCUGGAAUGGAAUUUCAUACUGGAGUGCCGAAAGAAAGGCAUUCCCCAAUCAAAGUACCUCAAGAAUGGCUUUGUGGAUAUUGAUGAGAAAAUCUUGGACACAUAUGGAAGGACUCCUCAACUGCAGAAGAGACUUACUCUGUCAGAUGAAACAAAUAAGGAGAGAAACAAAUUUAUUUUUCAGCUUUCAGGAGAGCAGUGGAUGGAUUUCCCAGAGUCUCUGAAAGAUCAUACCUAUCUGAGAGAAUGGCAUGUAAGCAAUACAUUGAUUCAAACAGUUCCAAACUACAUUGCUUUGUUUCAAGAUUUGAGAGUUCUGGAGUUACCAAAAAAUCAAAUCAACCACCUCCCAGUGGAAAUUGGCCACUUAAAAAAUCUCAAAGUGCUCAAUGUGAGUUUUAAUAAUUUGAAGUCUGUCCCUUCGGAACUGGGUUGCUGUGAGAAUCUUGAAAAACUGGAUUUGUCUGGAAACAUGGAAAUAAGCGACCUUCCAUUUGAACUAAGUAACCUGAAGCAAGUCACAGUUGUGGAUGUGUCAGCAAACAAGUUCCAUUCUAUUCCAAUUUGUGUACUCCGGAUGUCUAAUUUGCAGUGGUUGGACAUUAGCAGCAACAACCUGAGAGAUCUCCCAGAAGACAUAGACAGAUUAGAUCAACUGCAGACACUUCUCCUACAGAAAAACAAGUUAACUUAUCUUCCACGAGCUUUGGUUAACAUGUCAAAACUCAGUUUGCUAGUCGUCAGUGGUGAUGAUCUGGUUGAGAUACCCACAGCUAUUUGUGAGUCUACCACAGGUUUAAAAUUUAUAAGUCUCAAGGACAGCCCAGUUGAAACUAUUGUAUGUGAAGACACUGAAGAAAUUAUAGAAAGUGAACGUGAACGAGAGCAAUUUGAGAAAGAGUUUAUGAAAGCCUAUAUUGAAGACUUAAAGGAAAGAGAUUCUGCUCCAUCCUACACUACAAAAGUAUUAUUCAGUCUUCAGCUCUGAAGAUCAAAAUUCUCUAAAUCACUUGAGGAUACCAGAGUAAUUCUAUUUUUAUUCAAAUGAACAACUAGACUGCCUGAAGCAUUUCAAAACCAUCCUGAAUUUCUUUUAUUUAUUACCACUGUUGCUCCUAGAAACUACAGAUAAAGAAAAAAGUGGGAGAGCCAUUGUAAGGUGCUGUUUCACCCUUCUAAAUCCACACACAUAUAUAUAAAAAGCCCUAAAUUGUCCUAAUGAAAGUGUAUGUGAGUGUAGUUGCCCUGAGGGUAAAGACACUGUACAUUGUAGUAGAAACAGUGAAACAUAAAUAAGGGUAGAAAACAAUCUAAUUACAUAAAAGAGAAAGAUUAAUAUAGGAGAUGGAUAUGAUCUGUUCUACUCUAAGACCAAAUUAUUCACCUGAUUGUUUGCAAUAUUUAAAACGCAAACAAUACAUAUUUAUUUGCAUUUACUUUCCAAAUAGAUCCUGUAGGCAUUCUGCUGGUUUUUCAAGCAUGUUGUAGAUUUUUCCCUGUUCACAUAUUCACGUACCAAUAUGGCUGAAAUUUCUGUGCAAAACAGCUUUAUAAUGUAACAUUGUAGGUAAUAAGAUUUUAAGGCCUAAAUAAUGUGAACAAGUACAAUCUUUGAAGCUGAUUAUAAAGGUAUUCUACUAUUAGUUUCAAAAUACCGGAUUUUGUGGACAUCGAUGGGAAGUUUCUAAGCUGUGUAAGAAAGUGUUUGCUGAUUUAAAAAAAGUUAUGUUACUUGCUAUUUAAUAAUACAAUAGUUUAUAUAUAAACUAUGUAAUCGCAUAUACUGUAGGAAUCUAGAUCUACAUACUUUUUUGUCUAAUGAAACUAUAUUUUCUAAUCUGAAAAAACUUGUGACUUUGAGAAUUUAGUCUCAAAUAUGAGGAUUUAAAUCAUCCUAAACUCUUACAUAUGCAAAUAGGAGAAAUUAUGUUAACAUCUUGAUUUUUAAUGGUAUUAUGUUCAUCUUUGUGCAGUUGAUUGCCACUUAAGUCAGUCAUAUUUUAAAAUCAGAGCAACAAAGGGCAUUCUUCCCAAGAUUUCCAUUAAAAAAUAAUAAUAAUAAUAAUACUGCUCUUGAAGGUUUAAAUACUAGGUUUGUUUUGCAUUCUAGCUUCAAACUCCAGCAGUCAUAUUAAUACCCAAAAGGAAACCCUCCAAAGUUGGUGUCCAAGUGUUAAUGCUGAUUUUAAGAAAGUCUUGGAACAAAGAACACUAAUUCCUAGUGCAAAUUCUACUGUCAGAAUUGUUGUUUAAAUAAACAGAAAGUACACAAGAGUAGACCAGAGAAACCAUACUUACCUAACAUUUCUGCUAAUCUUACUUGAAUGAGUAUACCACUUAUGGUGUUCAAAGAUAAAGGGGAUAGAGAUACACUGGGGAACAUUUUGAAGAAAAAAAAUAGAAUGAAUAGAAAGUAUGCACUUUAAACUUCACUGAAUAGUGUACAAGUCCAUUUCUUUCUCAAUGUUUAUCAAUGAAGAAUCAUGAUCUAGUGUUGUAGUAGGCAUGCAGGAACACUCGGACUGUAACGUGACAGGACCUCCCCUGCUCUGUGAUUGGAUAAUAUUAUGCAUAGCUUAAGGGGGUGUAGACAAAGUAGAGCCUGUAUAUAAACAAACACCACGAGGCAAUAAAGAAGCCAUUUUUCACUGUUCAUGAAA